AUGCUUUCAAGAGCACAACAGAAUUUUAUCAUUCACUCAAGUUUUAAAAUAAGAUCUCAUGAAUCUAUGAUAAAUACGCUUCAACUGAAUUUCUUGAAUUCUUUUUGCUUUUGUUUCCAUUUCGAAUCGAAAAUUCUAAUUGCUGAUGGUUCAAGCACGAACUGUGAUUAUCAUCAUUCACAUGACAUCAUUAAUGAUAAUGUCACGCAAAUGAAAUCUGAUCAGACUUGUGCCUUGAAAUUAAGCUUACUUAGAUCACAUUAA